UUUUUUUAUUGGACUGAAAAGACAACACAACUUUGAAGGGUACAACAAACCAUCCAUGCCUAACAAUCCGCUACACCUACCUGGUAUAAUUCACUUAUCAGGCUCACUGGCACGGUUACAUUGCAAGCUCUUUGCAAAAAUGGGCGAUGAUCGACCUUUUGUGUGCAGCGCUCCUGGCUGUGGACAGAGGUUUACCAAUGAGGACCACUUGGCUGUACACAAACACAAGCAUGAGAUGACACUAAAGUUUGGACCACCUAGGACUGACUCUGUCAUUAUUGCAGACCAGACACCUACUCCCACCCGCUUUCUAAAAAACUGCGAAGAGGUCGGUAUAUUCAAUGAGCUGGCUAAUUCCUUUAAUCAAGACGACGAUGAGAAGCGAGCAAAGAACUCUCACCCUGCUCCCACAUCAGCGGCUUUGGACAUGAGCUUGCAGACGCCAUCAGAUGUGAAGGUGAAAGAAGAGGAGCCUGUGGAAGUUGACUCGUCACCACCAGGCAGCCCAGACUCCAUCUCUACAACACCUGAGAGCAAAAACGAGCCUUUGAUGAGGGUUAAGGACACCCCUCCUAGGAGCUCGGCACCAACACCAACAAUAGUGCGUCCCGGUUCUCUUCCACUGCACUUGGGCUUUGACGCCGUUCAGCCGACCAUGCCAUCGCCCACCUCCGUUAUUACACAGGCACCACCUUCUAAUCGUACUUUAGGUUCACCAACAAGCCACUACCCCAUGAUGAUGCUCCACUCAGGCCAGGCAAUGACUGUCCUACCUGGGCCUGUUCAGAUACCUUCUGUCAUCAAUCUGGCCCGACCCAUGUGCAUGAUACCAAACAUUCCUGGGAUCCCUGGUCCUCCACUUGGAAGCAGCAGCAGCGGUUCGAACUCCCCUUCUGGCUACAGCAUCCACUCUGAGGCAAAGAUGCGACUGAAGGCUGCGCUGUCCCAGCAGAGCCCGUCAGGACAUAGUUUGGGUAUGAUGUCCAUGGGAGGCAGUCCGAUGGUUCCACAGAGGGCAGAACAGAGCCAACUGCUAGUCCAGCAACCAGACGCUCCAUCACCUGCGCAACCUCAGGUAUCUCCAGCACAACCCACAGGUGGGCGUCGGCGACGAAUGACAGAGGAUGACCCAGAUGAACGAAGGCAGCGCUUCCUGGAGAGAAAUCGGGCCGCGGCGUCUCGUUGCAGACAGAAACGCAAACUGUGGGUCAACUCCUUAGAGAAGAAGGCAGAGGAGCUCAACUCUAUGAACGUCUCGCUGUCGAAUGAGGUAUCACUGUUGAGGAACGAGGUGGCUCAUUUGAAGCAGUUGCUGCUGGCUCACAAGGACUGUCCUGUCACCACCCUACAGAAGAAGACGGCCUACUUAGUAGCUGUUGAAGAGAGCAUGAAAGAUACCUCAGAGACGACAGGAUCCCCUGCGCCGGUGAUCCAGCACAGCUCGUUGGCGCCGAGCCCCUCCGCGGGCUACAACGGCUUAAGCUCCAGAGCGGCGGCUGAAGCCAUGGCCAUGUCCGUGCUGGCCGGACUGGGUCAGCAGCAGAGGGUGGAGAGCGGAGCCUCCCACAUUAUCAUGGCUGCACAUUCGCACUCAGCUGCCAGAUGAUAGGCAAUGCGAGCACACAGACUUGCUGCACACGUCACCCAGGGGGUCAAAAAGAAAAAGCAGCGUCUUCCCAUCCCUUCCCCCCCUCUCCCUACCUAUAGGAGCCAUCACGUUUUGGCCUGGAGCUCAGUAGCAGCCUUCUGGAAAUGGACUGAGACUUUUGAGAGAGCUUCCUGUUCAUGUUGCCAUAGACUACAGGGGCUGGACUCCAACCCUUCCCCCUUUUUCUUGGUGGUUUUACCCCAUGUCCCUAUCCCUACUUGUGUCCCCACACCCCCUGUCAAUAAGACCGCCACACUGCCCUAACGAUUGUCUUCUUCUACAAAAUCUGAUAUCAAACACUUCUUCAAGCGUUGUCACCCACCCAGAAAUAGUGCCUCAACAUGCACUCACCAUUUUAUAAGCAAACUUGGCUCCAAAUAUGCAGUAAUGCAGAUUUAGAAAGUGCUGAUCCCAACUUGCGCGCUCCUUUGAGACUGCCCGAUUGAUGUACUUCUGACUGUUAGCGUGUCAUCUUCUUAAUCUGGUAGAUUUCAUGUCCUCAUGCAGCUAUGGUUUUCCUUCAAAAUGGCAACACUUAAUUAGUACAAAAAACCAAAAUACGAUCUACGGUUAAGGGUGUUUUUGACUUUACUAUUGACAUUACUUGUGCCUCUUACUUCUCAGGACAGUCGCACAUUUGUUGCUGCUUGGAAAUAUGAUAAAUGCUACAUCUUUACCAAACCAAUACGAAGCCAUAUUGACAAGAUGAAUAUGAAACCACAUCUUUCCAAAUACACAAAGAUUGCUCACUGUUUGUCGUGGGGAAGAAAGUAAAUGUUUGUGGUGAACAAUCUACAACACUAUCACUGCUUGGAACUGCACUUGUCAGCAGUGUCUUGCCUUAAAACCACGUCCGUGCCUCCUAUUUCCCCGCACAAACAUCGAAAUCCUAAGAAUACAUCAACAUUGCAUUGCUGAGACAAUGAAGUAAGGACAAAGAAUGAGGUUUAUUUGAGAACAUGUUAGAAAAGAAAACGCUGGUCUGUCAUCUGGUGGAGAAACAGGGCGACAACAUCUUAGGACUUUUUUCUACGAUACGAAUGUCUUGUGUAUAUUUUUUAAUCUCUUUUGGCUGGUGUUUUCAAAACAAUAUCUGUCCAGUAAUUUAAGAGCAUGUAUUUAUGCACUAAAACAUUGCGAGAAUUUGGUUGUAUUUGUUCACUGUUAUGCCUUUCAUGUUGUUCUGAAAGACCUGGGAUUAUUUUGAAUGUCCUCAUGUUCCUUUUGUCUGUACUGUAAACGGGGGAAUACGUUCAACUCUAUUUCACCUUUGACUGAACCGCUUAGCCUAUAGUCCCUUUCAUGGACCUGCUUUUAGCCUUUACUCCUUUGCUGAUGCCAAAUGAGCUUGUAUUAACUGUUCUCAUCUUCAUUACCUUUUUGUCUGUGCUGUUUUCAGCACCUGACAUCUUGCUACACAACACUUUCUGUUCCAAGUUCUUGUUAUAGCCUACGAGUUUAAUUUGGUCUUUUGGUCUAACUUAUUACCAAUAACGUUUAUCUUUACAGUCUCCAGCAUACUAAUUUGACCUGUCGUUGUAGUGAAAGGAGCAAUUUGUUGAAAACUGCAACAAUGUUACGGUUGCGCAUGUACUUUUUUUACACUCCCAUAGUGGACUGGUGAUGUUAGAAAAUGUAUUUGUACUGUAAAUAUUUGUAUCAUAUGAAUAUAUUUACUUUUUCAUGCAUGUCCAAGUGGAAUACUAUGAACACAUACAAGUGCUGCAGUUUUAAUAAAAUGUCUG